UUUUUCCAUUUACCUCAUCAUAUCCGGCAAUUCUACAAAGAUUGCAUCAGGCAAAGUUGGUAUUUAAGUAUUUGCUGUAUCAAACUGAAAACAGAAGAAAAGUUAAGAAAAAGAUCUGCUUAUGCUUUUACGCAGACAAUUUCAAACGGCGUUUGCUCCUGUCCAGUUAAGUCAUCUUUACCUAGUGACUAGACAGCAAUUUCGAAGCUUAAGAAAUGUUCAGGUUUGUUUCAAGUCUACCUUUACGGGAGCUAGUAUAAAGUAUUUACCUCCAAGAGUCACACCAGUAUACCAAGACUGCAGAUCUCCUCAAUCUAUAGGAGGGAAAGCAAAUUUAAAACAAUUACAAUGGCCGCAACCACCCAGAAAUGUUUUGAUCUUGAAGAAAACAAUGGACCUAAAAGUCAAUGAGUGCUUUACGAGAUUGGUCGAGCAUCUACAGAAAGUUUAUCCUGAGAUUUCUUUAAUUGUUGAUAAAGAAGCUGCGAAAGCUUUUCCACAGUAUGGAUUGUAUACCUGGGAAGAUACGGAGGAUUUGGAGAAGAAGGUAGAUAUCGUGCUUACAGUAGGCGGAGAUGGUACUAUUCUACAUGCAGCCUCUUUGUUUGCAAAAUCAGGCAUGCCACCCGUUUUAUCAUUUUCCCUAGGGACUUUGGGAUUUCUUCUGCCGUUUGAUAUUUCGGAUUUUCAGACGGCAUUUGCAGAUAUGUAUGAGUCACGCUCUUAUGUACUAAUGCGAAUGCGCUUAUCUUUGACUAUGAAAAGAAAAACCCAUGAUGAGACUACUUUUAUCAUGAAUGAGAUGCAUAUCCAUAGAGGUCUCUCUCCUCAUAUGGCUGUCCUGAAAGUAUUCAUCAACGAUCGUUUUCUAACUGAAGCAAUUGCUGAUGGAAUAAUCAUAUCUACUCCUACUGGAUCAACUGCAUAUUCUCUAUCUUCUGGUGGACCUAUUGUGCAUCCAUCCAUAAAUGCUCUCUUGCUUACACCCAUUUGUCCCAGCUCUCUUUCCUUUCGACCUGUUUUAUUCCCUGAUUCUUUUACUAUUAGUGUGGAAACUUCUGAAAAAUCUCGUGUCCGGCCUCAGCUUUCGGUUGAUGGUCGCUUGCUUGGGUUGACGGAUAUCGGACAGCGUAUUCAUAUUUACAGUAAAAAAGAUAAUGGAAUCCCUUGUGUUAUUCGUAGUCAUAAAGAAGACGAUUGGAUGACUGACAUCGUUGGACUCCUUCGCUGGAACCACCCUUUUGAUCGUAAAGGAUGGUAAGGAAUUUUUCGGCUAAAAGAUGAAAACAGCGGUUUUUUGGUUUUACAUAAAAAAAAGGAGACAGAAAAGAAAUUUAUUCAAUUUUUCUUUAUAAUAUCAUGCUCCUUCCUUUCUUGGGUUUAUUUAUCAUGAUGUUUUAGAAUUAUCGUUGACCUUGUGUUUUUAUUUAUAAAUGGAAUCAUAAUAAUAAAGAAUACUAUAACAAUUGGAAUCUGAUUUGUUUU